AACAUAUAAGUUAAAGGAAGCAACCAAAUUAGACUGAGUAUUUCUUAGAGAAUACAUAUGAAAUAAUACUUAUGCAGUUUUGUUGAAAAAUAUCAUUAUUUAUAUUAAAAAAAUAUCUACAAUUUAAAAAAACAUCUAUUAUUUAAUUUAAUCUGCGGAAAAGAGAAGAGUCAAUAACAAUAACAAUAACACAAAAAAGAAGAAAUAAAUCACAGACAAAAUUAUGGAAAAUUAUAUAAUUUGAAAUUACAAAGUUGAAAAAAAACUGAAUUGAUUAUAACUCACAGAUGAGAAAACCUGAAAGUGAUAAUACAAAGAUAAUGUGAUUUUAAAAAGUAAUUAAGUAAUAAUAAAGGGAAACCGUUAUAUUCCAAAUGUAAAGACACAGACAUGGAACUUUACGCAAAACAAAAAAGUAGUAUUUUUAUAUGGAUAACAGUGAUUCUGUUAAAUUGCAUAGAAGGGAGACCAACGCUUGUGGAAUGGGAUAUUCACGAGAAUCAGCCAUUGAUUCAAACGAUGAUGACAGCGGUCACAAUAAAUACAAAUACUUGGUUAAAUGGAAAAAUCCCAUAUAUUCUGGACCAAAGUAUAACAAGAAACAAAAGCGCUGUUGUAUCUUUAGUGAAUGCUAUGCAAACGAUUGAAACUCUGACAAACUCUUGUAUAGACUUCUUUCCCAGAGCAUCUAGCAGUUAUGAUUAUAUAAAUAUAACUGCUGUAGAUUCCGAAUGCUACAGCUCUGUAGGCCGUAAGACCGGCGGACAAAUUUUAAAUCUCGGCCCGGGUUGUUUCACAGAGCAAAUCAUUUUACACGAGCUUUUACAUGCGUUGGGGUUUUGGCACGAGCAUAGCAGGACCGACAGAGAUAACUAUGUUGAUAUAAAAUAUAACAAUAUAAUAGACGGAGAAGAGUCUAACUUUAAGAUACGAAGCGACUCAACUGGAGUGGAAUCAGCGGUGAAAUAUGACUAUUUCUCACUACUACAUUACAAGCGCAACCAGUUCUCUAAAUUGCCUUCGUAUUGGGAUACCAUAGUUCCAAACGCUGCCCAUUCUUAUGUUGAUAGAAACAAACUUGGUCAAGGAAAAACAUUGAGUGAAUUAGAUAUCAAAAGGAUAAAAUGGCUUUACCAUUGUAGUGAUGGAUCGUCUCACAUAGAUAUAAUGCCAAUACAAUCCACGUGUCCACUACCGGACUUCGAGUACGUGGAUGUAAGUCCAAGGAAAAGCACAUAUUAUAACGGCGAGGCUGUAAAGUUUACCUGUAAAUCUGGCAGAACUCUCAUUGGAGGAGACCAAAGUACGUGCAUGUCUGGAGGAAUUUGGUCCGGUGCAAAGCCAUACUGCAUAAUAAGUUCUGCAGAUUUUAUCUAUUGUGACAUGAAAGAUGCAUGCUUAAAUGGAGACUCGAGCUCACCAUCCAGUAGCUGGAUACAAAUUUAUUGGCAAAAACAUCCGGAGACAACUUUUCCGAAAAUAAGCCCUGCAACAGAUCACACUACCCAAACCAAAUCUGGGAGAUAUUUGUAUAUAGGAUCAGAGGUGGGCGAACUGAAUAGAGCUUAUCUAUUGACACCGCCUUUACAAUACAAUGCAUCGGGUUGUUUGAUGUUUUACUACAACAUGUAUGGUAAAUACAAAAACUCGACGUUGCGUGUGUUAAUACAAGGGAGAGAAGUGUGGUCUAACUCAGCCUCGACAGUACAAAAUAAAUGGGCAAGGGCGACAAUCCAAUUCACACCAGCAUAUCGAUACUCUUAUCGAGCUUUAUUCAUAGCAGAGAAAGGACGUCCUCAACUUGAAGCCACCGUCGCCAUUGAUGACGUAUUUAUGGGUCCAUGUCAUGACGUCAAAAAUUAUGCACGCUCCAUAGACCAAAUAGAUUCCAAGCCACGUGAAUACGAUUAACAAUUAUAUCAAAUCAGAAAUGUUUACAAUAUUGACGAUUCAUGAGUGUUGAUUUUAUUGUUGAUAACUUAUGAAAUAUAUACUGAAACGAGAAUUGCGGGAAGUGCAUAUAAAUGAAAGUUUAUUAUGCCCACUUUGUAAUAAGAUGUUAUUUAUAUGAAUUGUUGAAAUGCUUGUUACAUGUAUAUUAUUUUGGUUUUGCAGUAAAUAUAUUUAAAAAGUUAUAAAAAAUACUUUGUGAUAAUGUAAAAAGAAAUAUUUUUUUGCAUUUUUGUAACAGACGGUUUAGAAAAAUUAAAAUUAGAUUGAUUUAAAAAGUGGAUACGUAAAUGUUAUUAUAAAGUUAUAGAUAUUAAAAUACGUUUUAUAUAUUUAGAUAUAAGUAUUUUGGGUAUUUCUAGACGUUAUUUUUGUUUGUUUUGUCUUAAUUGUGUGAAAAGUGAGCACAAUGUAUUUCAUGCUCACAGACAAUGUCCUUUCCUGGGACAGAUAUUUAAAAAGUUUUGCCAAAAAUAAUGAAUUCUGAAUGCUGUAGACUUUUAUGUUCUUCAAAUAUUUCACAUUUUAUUUUGAUUAGUAUUUUAUCUUCAUGCAUAAAUGUAUGUCGGUUUAAAAUGUUACGUGUU